AUGCAGACAGCCGCGAGCCGUACUCUGAGCCGUUCGGGGCUCGGACCAAGGACCAAUGUGCUCGAGAGGCUAGGCCCACAGUCUAAUGUCCACGCCCGCUUGGGCCCACAAGGAGCUCGAGUUCGUGAGCAGUCGCGUGACGAGCGCAACGACCGACACCCACCAACCCGCUCGAGGGCCAACACGCGGCGGCAAGCUGUAGAAGAAUCCUCACAAGCUCAAUCUCCUAAUAUGCCCCACGGGCAGGGCACCCAAGGGGAUCGACCCUUGGGAACCGAGGAAGGAGUUAGCCCGUCACGCUCGAGACACCAAAGACGUCGACCUGAGCGCCCCUCCUUGCGGGCAGAAGAUGAUGAUCGACGCCCACCAACCUGCUCGAGGACCAACACGAGGCGACAAGAUGUAGAGGAAUCCUCACAAGCUCAAUCUCCUAACCUGCCCCACUGGCAGAACACCCAAGGGGAUCGACCUUUGGGAACCGAAGAAGAAGUUAGCCAGUCACGCUCGAGACGCCGAAGACGUCGGCCCGAGACUCCAGUCCUGCGAGCAGAGGACGUCGAGAAGCUAGUGAAUGACCGACUCCAAGCUCUCCAACUUAAAGGAAGCAUGGAAGAAGCCCUGCACAAGGAAAUUGAUCGAGUUGACUGCUCGCCCUUUACCGACAAAGUGGAACGAGCUCCUCCACCGAAGCGGUUCACAACACCAUCCAUCACUCCAUUCAAGGGAGACUCUGAUCCUGAGAGCCAUUUGAGGCACUUCAGGAGCACCAUGAUCCUGUAUAAGGCAGACGAUGCCCUGAUGUGCAAGGUGUUCGCGAUGACCCUGCGAGGAGCAGCUCAAGACUGGUUCCACACUCUACCGUCAGCAUCGAUAGGAAACUUCAAGGAGUUGGCACUCAUCUUCACAAGGGAGUAUACCUCCUACAAGACGGUCAGAAAGCAUGCAGACCAUCUAUUCAACCUGCGCAAGAAGCCAGAUGAGUCUUUACGAGACUACCUAAGACGGUUUAAGGCUGAAAAGGCUAACAUCAAAGGAUGCAAUGACCAAGUUGCAUCCUCAGCUUUCAAGAAGGGCUUGCCAACCGAGCACGAGUUAUACCGGGAGCUGGCCAUAACACCAAGUCAAACCUUGGCAGAAGUGUUCACGACGGCAGAACGCAACGCACUUUGGGACGAUGAUCGAAUCGCCGCAAAGAAAGCCAGCAAGCAAGUUGAUCACCCGACGAAGCAAGCAAGCCAAAAGAGCAACCAGUUCGAGCGAAGAGCCCGAGAUAACCGCAGAUCGCGGCCCCGAAAGGGAAGCUCAGAAGUAGGGACCUUCACUGAGUUCGCUAUCCCAAUUCAUCAGAUCCUGGCUCAAGUGAAGGACAAGCCGUGGGUGAGGAGACCGCCACCCAUGAAGGGAAACCCCUCCAAGAGGGACACCAGUAAAUACUGCGCAUUCCACGGGAAGCACGGACAUUACACCAACAACUGCAACGCUUGGAAAAGGCAUCUUGAGGAGCUGGUCAGAGAAGGUCAUUGCACAGAAUUCGUUGCAAAGAAGGCCAUCCAGCAGAUCGAGGAUCGUGAUGCGGCUGCCAAGGAGCCUCCCCAGAAGGUCAUUCGAAUCAACACCAUUCUAGCUGACUCCCGGGAGCCUGGGCUGACCACCAAGGAGCGCAAGAGGAAGAUCUCGCAGGCGACUUAUGUCUCCCAAGUCACAACAGGAGUACCAGUCAUUGUGGAUACACCCAUCAUUGGUUUCCAGAAGAAGGACUUGAUCGGGCUUGACCUACCGCAUCAUGACGCGCUAGUCAUAUGCAUUCAGAUUGAACAAGCUGUGAUCGAGCGAAUUCAUGUGGAUGAGGGCAGCGCAGCUAACAUCCUGCAACUAUCUGUCAUCCAACAGAUGGGAUUGGACCCAAGAUUAGCAAACUUGCCAGGUCGCUUACUGGCUUCAAUGGGGCCACAUCAAUCACAGUUGGAACGAUCGACCUUGACGUCCACUCACCCCCAGUGCUCUACUCGCAAACCUUCAUGGUCAUCAACGAGAUCUCUCCUACAAUGGAAUCUUGGGCCGACGGUGGAUCAGCAAGAUCGAGGCCAUCACAUCUGCUCUACACCAGAAGAUUCGCUACCCUAUCCCUGGAGGCGGAAUCGGGCAGAUCAAUAG